AUGGCUGCGACAGCAUCGGCCCACGCCUCAUUCGGUGUCAUGUCCGUGCCGCGACUGAGCGCCUCGAGGGAGAUCGACGCGCACCGGGCCGUCGCUGCGGCCGCGCCCGGACUAGUGCCACGCGUCAUAAAUUCGUUCGUCACUGCGGACGACGAUGUCACGGCCGGUGCGCUUUUCAUGGAGUAUUUGCCGCCCGACGAGUACGUGCUGUACGAGACCCUGGACCCGCUCACGCCGCGGCAUCUGUUGCUGGCUGUGCAAGCCGUGGAACGUUUCCAUGCGGUCGGCUACCGUCACGGCGACCUGCACUUUAAAAACAUUCUGUGGAGUGUCAAGGCACAGAGCGUUAAAAUUAUAGACCUCGAGACGGCGCGCCCGGACGACGACCCGUGCCGCGGCCGGGACGAUGGCCGAUGCGACGACGCCAUCUCCGUGACUGCGUGGGAUCUCAAGGUGUCGUCGGCGGACUCGCGUCAGUUUUGGGACAGCGUCGCCGCGUUCCUGGGUGAGUAUGGCCGAUACUACGAUCUGAAUUUUUUGAGGGACUCGAAGCCCCUCGUGAAAGCCCGACGCGUGGCCCCGAGGGUCGCGCGACGGCGCGGCGUGUUUCUCGGCGCGGCCGAGGCAUUGACCCGGCAGCGGCGCUACGUCCGACGCUUCGAGGCCGUCCAUGGCUCCGUCGAUAUCGUCCGCCACUUGGCGGGGCCGAGGGCUAUAAAGCUUUACCGCCGGCGGCUCGAGCCUCAGGGCGCCGUCUACACGCGGUCGAUAAUGCUCGUGCGCCGCGGAGUGCUCAAAGUCGCGACGGUCCACGGCAAGCGCGACGUGUGGCCCGAGUGGGAGGCUCAGGCCGAGGUCCACGCGGCCGCGCCCGAUCUGGCCCCGCGGACGAUGGGCUACGUGGCCAUCGACGACGUUGAUCAACCGACGACGACCUUCGUGGGACUUUCGGAGCGCGUCGAGGGCACGCCCCUGAGCGAGCUUGACUUGCUCCGGCCCCUCCAUUUGCGCCUCGCGUCCGCAGCAUUGGAUAGGCUGCAUCGGCUCGGAUUCCGUCACGGCGAUGGGCACCUCGGAAAUUUUAUCCUCGGAAACGAUGGCACGACGAUCCGCAUCAUCGACUAUGAACAAGCUGCCCGGAACGCCUCGUGCGCGCGGGACGGCUGCGCCGACAAAAUUUUCCUAACGAAAGCCGACGUCGAGCACCUGCGCAACGGCACCUCCCUAUCAAUGCGUGAAGCGUGGCACAGCGCAGGCGCGGCGCUCGGCGCGCGGCGAGGCGCCCACUCCUCGCUGAGACGAUUCUUCCUGGACCUGAGACGGACGGGGCGCGGAAGGCCAAACUAGUCACAUCACGUAAUACUUAAGAUCAUCA